UGAAAAACGGAUAGGUUGCCGGCGUUUAUUUCUCCAAUUUCGUUUUAUUUAUUACUUUCUAUGUAAUUUUCAGCAGGACUGUGAAUUAAAUUCAAAAUGACCGUGGAAGUGCAGAGCAAGGCGAAGCUGCCGCAGCUUACGUCUGACAAACAGCUAACAUUUAUAAAAUUGGCUGUUUUGUCGAUGGCAGCGAUUUUGUCGUUUGCGACCCGGUUGUUUUCCGUGCUGCGAUUCGAGAGCGUGAUUCACGAGUUCGAUCCGUACUUCAACUACCGGACAACCCGGUACCUGACUGAAGAAGGUUUCUACAAUUUCCACAACUGGUUUGAUGACCGGGCAUGGUACCCUCUAGGCCGUAUCAUUGGUGGCACGAUAUACCCGGGCCUGAUGGUGACAUCGGCAACGCUAUACAAUGUCAUGCAGUUCCUCAAUAUCACCAUAGACAUCCGGAAUGUGUGUGUCUUCCUUGCACCUUUCUUCUCCUCACUCACAACCAUCGUCACUUACUUGCUGACGAAGGAGCUCAAGGAUGAAGGCGCAGGCCUGGUCGCCGCUGCGAUGAUCGCCAUCGUGCCGGGCUACAUCAGCCGCUCAGUGGCCGGCAGCUACGAUAACGAGGGCAUAGCCAUCUUCUGCAUGCUGCUCACGUACUACUUCUGGGUGAAAGCCGUCAAUACUGGUACCAUACUGUGGGCCACGAUGACAGCGCUCGCUUAUUUCUACAUGGUGUCGUCAUGGGGAGGCUACGUGUUCCUCAUCAACCUGAUUCCUCUUCACGUGCUGGCUUUGAUGCUGCUCGGUCGAUUCUCAUCCCGAGUGUAUGUAGCAUACAGCACGCUGUACUGUGUGGGCACUAUACUGUCCAUGCAGAUCUCCUUUGUCGGCUUCCAGCCGGUACAGAGUUCGGAGCAUAUGCUGGCGCUAGGAACAUUCGGUCUCUGCCAGCUAUACGCGUUCGCCCAAUACCUUCGCGCGCGCCUGUCUCCCGCCAACUUCGAGCUACUCUUCAAGGCGCUUCUGACCACGCUACUGGCAACGCUCGGCACCGCCGCCGCCGUGCUCACCAUCACCGGAAAAAUCUCACCAUGGACUGGACGUUUCUACUCUCUGCUGGACCCGUCAUACGCUAAGAACCACAUUCCUAUUAUUGCAUCCGUCUCUGAGCAUCAGCCGACGUCGUGGUCGUCGUUCUACUUCGACCUGCAGGUGCUGGUGUUCCUGUUUCCCGCCGGACUGUACUUCUGCUUCAGCAAGCUAACUGAUGCCAACAUCUUCAUCAUCCUGUAUGGAGUGCUUAGCAUCUACUUUGCUGGUGUGAUGGUCCGUCUUAUGCUGGUACUAGCUCCAGUGAUGUGCAUCGUGUCAGGGGUCGCCGCAUCGAGCCUGCUCAGUUUACACGUUAAGGACAUUGAGCCUAAAGUGGAGAAACAUGAGAAAAAAAAGAAGCACGAAAAUAACUUGGUCUUCAGGUCUGAGGUUGGCGCAGUAUUCGUAUGCGUACUCGGCUGUCUGCUGACGUCAUACGUGUUCCACUGCACGUGGGUGACGUCAGAGGCGUACUCCUCGCCUUCCAUAGUGCUGUCGGCGCGCGCGCACGACGGAGCAAGGAUUAUAUUCGACGACUUCCGCGAGGCUUACACUUGGCUCAAGAUGAACACGCCCGAGAACUCAAAAGUGAUGUCAUGGUGGGACUACGGGUACCAAAUAACAGCGAUGGCGAACCGAACAGUGAUAGUGGACAACAACACGUGGAACAAUACACAUAUCUCCCGCGUGGGGCAGGCCAUGGCGUCGACCGAAGAAAAGGCUUACGAGAUCAUGCAGGAACUGGACGUGGAUUACGUGCUGGUUAUAUUCGGAGGCUUGGUCGGGUACUCGUCGGAUGACAUCAACAAAUUCCUAUGGAUGGUGCGCAUCGGCGGCAGCACGGAACGUGGCGCGCACAUCCGCGAAGCCGACUACUAUACGGGAGCCGGCGAAUUCCGCGUCGACGCCGACGGCUCGCCCACGCUGCUCAACUGCCUAAUGUACAAGAUGAGCUACUACAAGUUCGGGCUCGUCUACACCGAGGGCGGCCGCCCGCCAGGCUUCGACCGCGUGCGCAGCGCCGAAAUCGGCAACAAGGACUUCAACCUCGACGUAUUAGAGGAAGCCUACACCACCGAGCACUGGCUGGUGCGCAUCUACAAGGUCAAGCCGCUGCCCAACCGCGGCGUGUGAGCCGACGCGCGCGCUUUCCUGCACCGCGCUAUACGGGCCACGCUCGACGACCUGCACGCGUUCCGGAAUGACGUCGUCGAGCAGUACCUGACGAUUAUUGCCGAUCUGAUAAGUCUGAGCGGUUGAUUGCGAUUACUAACACAAUGUAGACCCGAAAAAAAUAGGCUGGGUUGCACCACCUUACUUCAACUUUAACAAACGUCAAAAAUAAGUCCAGCUCCAUACAGAAAACACCAGUUAUCGUAUGGUUACGGUUAAAGUUUAAAGUUAGGUGGUGCAACUCGGCCUUAAUGUAGUAACAUUCGUGACAGUUACGACUUUGCGAUUGCUUUGCUGUGCGAAGUAACUAAGGAAAAAGAACAGUUUCAGAAUUAAAGCUGUCACUAAUGUUAGGUACUUUAUCUAGGAGCAGACUAACAUGAACAGCACGACAUAGUUUUUUUUUUUUUUUUUUGUUGAAGUGCUAUCGGUUUGCACUUACUAUCGGAGCUAUUGGGUUACUCCGAGAGCAAGGCAGUGUUUAUCUUUCCGGGCUAUUUAGUGUUAAUUAUUAUUUAUUGAAUUCUUUGAGCACGACAUAGUUUAGACAAGUUAUACGUGCACUUCUCGUUAAUAGAAUUCUACCGUAAAGUUCAUGCUAGUAGCUCUGGCACUGUUAAUAAUAGAAGACACAAAUACGCAACAAUCGCUAGGAUAAGUUAUGUUAACAAAUGACGCUCGGUGCACGGAAGCCUUCGCGUUCAGUUACCGUUCCGAUUGCCUUUAAUACAUACAAAGCAUCAUGCAAACACGUCUCUUAUUAGCUCAAUAACGAAUGAAAAGUUGUGCACCCAAUGUUAAUUGCAAUGUAAUACGCCGAGUGUAGCACUAAACAAAAAUGCAAAUGGGUUUUGUACAUAUUUGAGGAAAUCAGAACGUAAUAUAAUAUUGUUCCAUCAAUUUCCUAACGGAUUUUGGACACUUGAUUUUACAGUGAUAAACUAAGGACAAAAGUUGAGUGUUAAAGUUGAUAUGUGAUUGAAGUCACAAAGUAUGACAUAAGUUGUGUGUGUUGAAUACAAAAUAUUAUGUGCAAUCUUCAAAGAAUAACCAAUUUACUUUUAUCAAAUGCCUGAUUACCGAACUGUCAUACUUAUAAGUGGUGCAUUUAGUGAAAAAUAGACUGAAACAUGUCAGUUAGUUUCACCAUAUUGUAUAAUUU